GUCGCCUUUAACCAUUUACGUUUUAUUGGUCAAAUGAUAAUCGGUCAUGUGCUAUAAGAUUCAAAAUUACCACUUUCACACUUUCACAUUAUCUGUUAUAUUGUUAACCCCAAAAAAUUUUUACGUUACGUUAUAUCUCAUUAAGACAAAAAUAUUAUGUUUCUCAGUCAAAUUAUUUCGACUGGCGCAUCAUAGCCAGACCAGACGUUCUUUCACGAAAAGGCAGGAAUGGACGAACCUUGAAUGGUACAAAUUCUUAAUAGAAAAUAUUCGUACAAACAAAGAAACCUUCGUCUUAACUUGGACUUCAGCAGCCCUCCCAUUAUUAACAUUAAUGUUACACGUCCCAAAAUUCCUCUGGUCUCGUUUAAUUCAAGCAAAGACUCAAGAACCUGGUUGAUUUCUGGUCCCCAUGAACUAACGACAUAGUUUAUGGAAGAAUUUUAGAAAUCACAUAGACCGCAUUGUCCACCAAUGCUUUUUAUGGAA